GCCAAUGUGCUGACAUGUUACUUCACCAACUGGGCCCAGUACAGGCCUGGCCUGGGAAAGUUCAUGCCUGAAAACAUUGACCCCUUCCUGUGCAACCACCUGAUCUACGCCUUUGCUAACAUGAACAACAACGAGAUCACAACUUACGAAUGGAACGACGAGACCCUCUACAAAUCCUUCAAUGGCCUGAAGAACCAGAAUGGAAAACUGAAGACCCUCCUGGCAAUUGGAGGAUGGAACUUUGGGACAGCCAAGUUCUCCACAAUGGUUUCCACUCCUCAGAACCGCCAGACCUUCAUCAAUUCUGUCAUCAAAUUCCUGCGCCAAUAUCAAUUUGAUGGUCUGGACCUUGACUGGGAAUACCCCGGGUCCAGAGGCAGCCCACCCCAGGACAAGACUCUCUUCACUGUCCUGGUUAAGGAAAUGGUGGCAGCCUUUGAGCAAGAAGCCCAACAGACCAACUGGCCCCGUCUCAUGCUCACCGCUGCUGUUGGUGCAGGACGUCCCACCAUUGAUGCUGGCUACGAGAUUGCUGAGCUUGGAAAGUACUUGGACUACAUCCAUGUGAUGACUUAUGACUUCCAUGGCUCCUGGGAUGGACGCACUGGGGAGAACAGCCCUCUGUAUGAAGGCCCAUCUGACACUGGUGACCUUGUCUACUUCAAUGUUGAUUAUGCCAUGAACUAUUGGAAGAAUAAUGGUGCCCCAGCUGAGAAGCUCCUUGUUGGAUUCCCAACCUAUGGACACAACUUCAUCCUCCAAAACCAAUCCAACACUGCUGUGGGGGCACCAACAACAGGACCUGGGCCAGCUGGACCUUACACUAGGCAGGCUGGAUUCUUGGCUUACUACGAGAUCUGCUCAUUCCUGGACUCUGGAGCCACCCAGGCUUGGGAUGACCCCCAGGAUGUCCCCUAUGCCUACAAGGGCAAUGAAUGGGUUGGCUAUGACAACAUCAAGAGCUUCAACAUCAAGGUUGACUGGCUGAAGAAGAACAAUUUUGGAGGUGCCAUGGUUUGGGCCCUUGAUAUGGAUGACUUCACUGGCACUUUCUGCAAGGAAGGUAGAUAUCCCCUGAUCACUGCCCUGAAGGAGGGUCUUGGUCUGCAAAAUGAUGACUGUGUGUCCCCAACUCAGCCCAACCCUCCCAUCACUGAAGCUCCAGGUGGCACUCCUGGGGGCUCUGGUGGAAGUGGCUUCUGUGCUGGGAAGGCUGAUGGUCUCUAUCCUGACCCAACCAACAACGCAAACUUCUACAACUGUGCUAAUGGUGUAAGCGUUGUCCAGAGCUGCCAGGAGGGCCUUGUCUUUGAUACCAGCUGCUCCUGCUGCAACUGGCCAUGA